CCGCAGCACACGCGCAGUCUGAGCCGCGCAAACAUGGACGCGUGAAGCUCCCUUUUUAUAGCGAAUUUCCAGCAUGAAGUGCUGUGUAAAUUGGUGUGUGUUGUGAUUGGUCACUGCAUUUUAUGACACAACAGUUAGUACUUGUGACUGGAGAACCCUAAACAUGUAGUGACUUGUGGCUGAGUGCUAUGAAGGUGUGGCAGCAAGAGGACACUCAACACUCACUGCAGGCCACCGCCGCAGGGAGGCUGUGGUGCCACUGCACUGCCACCAAGACACGCAAGAAAAUCCAUAUGAGAGAGCAGUGAUGCAGUGAGCCCACCAUGGAGAUACAGUGCCAAGUGGACACUCACCUCACUGCUGAUGAAUGUACUUAGUCUGCAAUCAACAGCCUCCAUUGUUUGCACCCUCAGUGUACUGUGCUGCUUCAGCCAGUAAAUGUGACAACUGGCAGCGGCGUUGUGUACUGCUCACCCCGCUGACUUUGUUCCUUGCUGGGCGUUGUGUGUGUGUCUUGGGUUGGGGUGGCGGUGUUGAGGUUGUGUGUUGUUACAAAUGUUGUAAAAGCCUUCAUGGUUGGCAGCACAAUGGAUGACAUGCAGCGCCUCACCACUCCCUGUGCUGACCUUGAGAGGCUGGCUGCCGCUGCUGCCACCAUGGGCUACUCCUCAGACUCCCUGCCAGUAUCAGCACACCACCUGCCAGCCAGCACUGCACCCCCCAGCUCCCUGGCCUCCCUCAUGCCCCAGUACCCCGACCCCUAUGACCUCUCACGGGCCCAGUAUGCCACCCGCAUCACUGAGUACCCCGCCCGGCCUAUGUAUGAACAGCCACGGACACCCCACUCCACCCCCACACCGCCUGCCACCACCCAGCACCAGCACAGCCUCUCCCCAACCCACACCACCCACACCACCCACUCCUCCCUGGUCACCCGAGCUUCGCAGUACAAUGUGGACCGAGCUGCAUUCACCCACAUGGCCAGCAGGGGACAGCAGGAGCCUCAGCAGCAGCAGCAACAGCAGCAGCAACAGCAGCAGCAGCAGCAGCAGCAGCAGUACACAGCAGUGACAGUGUCUGGCAGCAAUGCAGGAGUGGCUGUCCAGUAUGGUGAUGUAAAGGCUGUCACCAGCGUAGCAGUGCCACACACCCAGACACUGUCCCUGCCAUCCCCUGCGUCCCCCGCCCCCUCAAGCAAUGCGGUGUCGCAGGCUGUCACACAGGCCGUUAUGACCUUCGUCCAGGAUGGAAACUUCUCCAUGGAGCCCUCCCUGCCUCUCCCUGUCCCACCGCAGGAAAAAAAGACCAAGAAGAAGGAAAAGAAGCCUGAGGGGGAGGCCAAGGAAAAAAGAGGAGAAAGCCCCCCAGCAGAAGCUAGUGCUCUAGGGGAGGGCACCAGCAUGGAGGGCAGUGCCAAGAUGAGCUUGGCUGAGGUGCCGGAGCCGGUGCUCAUAGAUGGCAGGAAGUACUAUGUGUGCGGCGUGUGUGACGUCAGGUUCCUGCGCAAGUACCAAUUCCGGCGGCACCUCAUAUCUCACACUGGGGAGAAGCGGGGUGCCCUCUCCCUGGAGACCAAGGUGGAGAUCAUCCGCCGCAUACAGUCUGGGGAGAAGCAGGUGGACCUGGCUAUGGAGUACAAUGUGGGGCGGUCCACCCUCAGCUUCAUCAUGAAGCAUGCCGACAAGUUCCUCGGAGUGUGGAAGAACGGGAAGUUCCACCCGGAGAGCAAGAGGCUGCGUGGUGCCCAGAGGGAGGAUGUGGAGGAGGCCCUGUAUGAAUGGUACAAGCAGGCCCUGCAGAUGAACCUGACCAUCACGGGCCCCAUCCUGUGCCAGAAGGCCAAGGACUUUGCCCUUAAGCUGGGCUACAAGGAGUUUAAGGCCACACACGGCUGGCUGGAUCGCUUCAAGCACAGGAAGAACAUCGUGCUGGGCCGAGGGAAGCCCAUCAAGGACAAGGAGGGGCAGGAGGACAACGAGGAGCUCAAAGGGGACUUCACUGGCCAGGUUCUGCCCAGUGCCCUGAUGGAGUUUGAGGCCAAUGAUGUGUUUCAUGCGGAUGAGGUUGGCCUUCUGUACCGAAUCCUUCCCAACAAGAUCUCUCCACUGCGGGGGAACAGGUGCGCCGGUGGCAGCAAGAGCAAGCACCGGGUGACUGUCCUGAUGUGCACUAACAUGACAGGCACUGAGAAGUUCCCACUGCUGGUAAUCGGCAAGCACCCCAAGCCCAAGUGCUUCAAGAAUGUGAAGAGCCUCCCCGUGCAGUACCUGGCCAAUCCCAAGUCCUGGAUGACCACGGAGAGCUUCACCGCCUGGCUGCACGACCUGGACUCCUGGUUUGUGCAGCAGAACAGGAAAGUGCUCCUCAUUCUCUCCUCGCGCCCCAUCCACCCUAAGGCCCCCAAGCUGAAUGCAGUGCGGGUGCUCACCAGCCCACAGACGUUCAUUGGCCCCUGCAAGCUGGGCAUGGCUCACUCCCUCAAGAGAAACUACCGGCGGGCUGUGCUGGAGAUGCUCCUCAACUUUAUGGAGGAAGAGAAUGUCAAGAAAAAGAAGAAAGGAAGAUGUCCCUCAAUGCAGCUCAACUUGCUGGCCUGCCUACACCUAUUGGCAGCAGCCUGGCAUGCUGUCACUGAUGUCACCAUCAACAACAGUUUCCAGCGGUCUGGCAUUGGGAAGUAUGCUCUCUGGGGCAUGAAUCUCAUUCCUGAAACCAAUCUGGGCACUGAAAAUCUGGAGCUGCUCCAUAAGCUGAAGUCCAAAGGCUUCAAGAUCCCUGACGGCAUCACAUUUGAUGAGUAUGUCACCUUUGAUAGCGAUGUACAAGUGUGUCACUUGAUGGAUGAUGACGACAUCAUUGCAGCUGUGACGGGUGCCGAUGUGGAGUCCUCAGACAGUGAGGAGGAGGAGGACCCACCGGAAGAUGAGAAGGUGAAGGUGGAGCGGAGGGACAAGGUGGAGCAGGGCGACAACAGCAGUGAGGCAAUACCCAGUGAGGAGGCAGAGGCGGGGCCCCCCAUGACAGAGGUGGACUCCAGCCUGGACACCCUGCGGCAGCACAUCCAGUACCAGGAGGGAGCUCAGGAGAUGUUCCGGGUGUUGGCACACUUGGAAUUCCUGAUCCAUAAGGGCUCCAGCCGUCCCCCAGUGGCCAUUGCUGCCACAGAAGCCACCACCACUUGAGACUGUUGCGUGGCAGAGGGCAGACACAGGACUUGGGACUAGUGUUAUGUGGGAAGUACUUGUGAUAACUUCCCUGUGAGGAACAUUCAUCUUUCUCAACAAUAACUUAAAGGUGUACUGCGAUACCUGGAUACAUAAAGUGAGGUGACAAACCUUAAGUAAAUCAAAAUACUUUCCUAUGCCCUGAGUAUUGACUAUGGGAUUGAAACAGGCAUUCCCCAUCCUGAGUGUGUCAUAACAGAACUAAUCAUUUCUAUAUUUAUAAAGUAAUAACAUUGGCACUUAACAUUGACUUCAUAGGUGAUUCAAGUGUCAUUCUUCUGUCAGGAUCUCACAGCUGUUGAGUUGUCCAUGUGCCUGAGAGGGGAGUGCCGUGUGGGGGUGUGCCGCCUGUGGGAGAGGCAACAAGGACCAGAUGAAGCCACUUGGUGUUUUUUUGCACAAACAAAACAACUGUGAUCUUUUGAAAUUCCUUACUAUAUAAGAUAGAGUGUAAGUUACUUAGAAAUACUGUGAGGAGAGUUCUGAAAAAUUCUUUAGUUUUUUACCUUAGUUGAGUAGGAUGCAUUUAAAUUAAGAACAAAAAUAUCCAUCCCUUGAGUGAAAACUAUUAAACAAAGGCAACACAGCAGGGCCACACACUUCCUGACUAGCGUUUGUGUUGAUAGGGAUCAGAAGAGAAAGAAGAAUUCUCAGGGAGGUAAUGCCAGCUCAUGAAAUAAGUCAUUUGUCCCUGAGUGGCAGGAACAUCAUAGAAGGUGCCAUAAGUAAUUGUAUCUUUGUGACGUGAUCAUGAGUUAGAUAUGGAAAACUAAGAUUGAUCCAUAACUAAGCAGGACCAACAUUUAGAAUUCAUGUCAGUACAGAAGGGAAGGGCUGCUGUGGGUACAGAUAUUUGAGUCGGGAGUGAUGUUUGGGGCAUGAUGCCAUGUCGAGGUUAGUGACUUGUAGAGGAAGAGAGUUGGGCAGAAAACCGUUUGAAUGGUACAGGAUUAAUUGAAUUCCAGCAACAAAAGCUCAUUGGAAUUGCUGUAUUAAUAUUGAACUGUUAGAUUUAGGAAAGAUUCACAGUAAAGUUGAUCUCGAGUUGAACUUCAGACAUUCCAUAGUAAAGAAACCAGUGUGAUUGCUGUGCUGGGUGUCAUCAACUCAGGUUCAGUUAUGUUGCCAUCUGAGGACACAGGAACAUGACAGUGCUGUCUUUUGGCACUGCUUUCAUCCACUAGCCUGUGUAUUCCUCUCUUGUUUUAUAAAUCUCACUAAAUUGACCUUACCAGAAGAGUUGUUUAUAUUUAUUUAUUUAUUUAUUUAUUUAUUUAAUUUUAUUUUGUUAUGUAAGAAGGGCACUGGCCAAGGGCAACAAAAAGUUAGAUAAAAGGCCCAUUAGAGUGCUAGUCCCUAAACAGACAUCAGAAAGGAUUAGGAUCAAAUUAUUCAUAUAUAUAUGCAAUGAAUUCACUACCUUACUUUUUUUUUAUGUAUUUUUUAUUUAUUUGUUUAUUUAUAUUUUAUUGUAUUAUUAUUUUAUUUUAUUUUUUUUAAGGAACACAAGGCCAGUUUGUUGCGCUUUGUGAAAUAAGAUGGGAAUACGUUGGCUGAACAUGUGUUGCAGUGACAGUGUUAUCCUGUGCACAGAUCCUCAAUCAGCAACACUACUGGAUGAGAGUCAAUAACACCAAGUAGUGAUGCUCCUGCUGUGGGAGUGUGUAGUCAUGAUAGAUGACUGACAUCAAAUUAGAAUAGACUAUUAAGUGUUGGGUUGUGGUAGGCUAAGGCAGUGGGGGGUAAAGGGGUGAGUCACAAGGAUUGGACUGGACCUUGCCAUCACCGGGUGAGAGAGGUGGAGUUUACGAUGUGUCAGUAGUGUGUAAAUUACUAUUUUUUUUUUUUUUUUCUAGUUCUUCACAAUGUUAAUUAUACAGUGAGGAGUGAGGUAAUAUGUAGGAUUAAGGGGAGGAUUAACCUGUUUGUCAUUGUCUAAUGGGAUUUCUUGAGCAGGAUUUAAAAGAUGUCUUGGUCUUACAACUUGUGUGAGAACAUAAUAAUUCACUCUAAAAAGAUAUACACACAUUUAUUUAUUUUUAUAUUCAUGGGUAAAAAAAUCUUGCACUGAAGCAGGUCUUAGCUUUGUAGAAUUGAGGAUAUUACCUGAAAAUUGUGGGAGUAAUGGUCUAGUGUGUGAAGUGAUGGACAGGCAAGGUGCCUGACACUGUACUUGUGUCCCCACACAGCCAUCUUGUAGUGGUGCCAUCUCUCACCAUGCAUGUAUGUGGUAAAUUGAUUUUAUUUCUUUCUUUCAUAUAUUUUUUCUUUUUUAUUUAUUAUAUAUAUAUAUAUAUAUAUAUAUAUAUAUAUAUAUAUAUAUAUAUAUAUAUAUAUAUAUAUAUAUAUAUAUAUAUAUAUAUAUAUAUAUUACUGUUUCAGUAUAGGUUGAGAAUCCUUUAUUUGAAUUCUGAAAUCUUAAAACCUUUGAAAUCAGAAGUUUUCAAAUGUUAAGAUAAAUAAUUUUAUCAAUAUUUCUUUUGCCAGUGCAGCAAUAAUUAAUUAUACCUUAUGUUUCAUGAAUUAUGUAUAGCAACUUAUAAUUACUCUGUAAUUGUUUUGGUGAUGCAUAUUUUUACUUACAAUACACUAUGAGUCAUAACCAAUUUCUCAAAACACAACCCAUCACAAGGAGAGAUGUUGGUUUGUUCCAGAAAACACAAAACUUCCAGUCCCAAGUAUUACAGUGAAGAGAUUCUCAACCUGUAUUAUCAUCAUUGUUAUUCAGUUUUUAACACGUUCUCACAGCAUGGUGGUCAUAGGUGUUCGUGUAGCGCAGCACUGGCUCCCCGACAGCUGGAGCCAUGCAGCACCCGGGCCAGCUAGGCAAGGUGGUGGUGGUGUGGUAGUGUGCCUCAGCUCUUGUUCCCCCACACACACACACACCAUGAUACUUUUGUACUGAACUUUUGUGAUGGAGAUUACUGACAAAAUAUACCUGUUCAAUUUAG